AUGAUGACGGGGGUGCCGAAGGCAUCGCUCUCGUCUAAUGAUGACAGGGUGCUGAAGGCAUCGCUCUCGCCGAAUGAUGACAGGGUGCCGAAGGCAUCGCACUCGUCUAAUGAUGGCGGGGUGCCGAAGGCAUCGCUCGCGCCUAAUGAUGGCGGGGUGCCAAAGGCAUCGCUCUCGCCGAAUGAUGACGGGGUGCCGAAGGCAUCGCACUCGUCUAAUGAUGGCGGGGUGCUGAAGGCAUCGCUCUCGCCGAAUGAUGACGGGGUGCCGAAGGCAUCGCUCGCUCCUAAUGAUAGCGGGGUGCUGAAGGCAUCGCUCACGCCUAAUGAUGGCGGGGUGCUAAAGGCGUUGCUUUUGUCAAAUCAUGACAGGGUGCCGAAGGCAUCGCUUUUGUCAAAUGAUGACGGGGGUGCCGAAGGCAUCGCUCUCGUCUAA